AAGAGAACCUCUUCAAGUCCCUCCAAAGAAAACCUGCUCAUCGCCACGAGAUACCGGCCCCUGCCUGCUUUCAGCCACAGAGCACUUUUACAGUCGGUGAGAGUGGAAGAGAAGAGGAGGACGCGGCACAAACCCCCUCAGUGCGGAAGGUGCUGAAUAUUCUGCUUACAUCAUGAUGACGAGAUGUGCGCUCCUGAUCCUGGCAGCCCUUGUUGGAUCCUGGGCUCAGUUUACAGAUGCUGUUUACCUUGCUGGAGAAAAUGACCAGCCAACGAAAAAGUCAAACACAGAGAUGGCAGAAAGUUACAUGUCAGUACUUUGCUCACCAACUCCUGGACCCUCGUCUCCAUCCUCCUCAGUCGACGCUCUCAGACCUGCCGAUAUCUCAGCUGUUUACACGUUGGGCGUGCCGCUGUUUCACAGGCACGAGGCAUCCAUCCUGGUCAGUAGAAUAACUGAGUUGCUCUCCAUGUUUACCCCUGAAAUGAUCCCUCAUCACGUGGGUCAGGACUCAUUGCAACCCAGGAGUUUGUUGAAGGAAGCGGAAGAACUGUCUCAGUCCCUGUCACAUCAGGUCUCAGGCUGGAAGUUUGUUCUGCUGUUUGUCUCGGCAGAUUCCUUGUGUGCCUGCUCACCACAUGUUGCUGCGGAUGUUGAAGCUGUUGUUCGGGAUGUGGAGGCAGCUCUGCGGAACUUGCAAGAAAAGCUGCAUCAUGCAUUAAUCCAUGUCACAGUGUGGAGCACGUAUCACCAGCAGGACAAUUGUGACUGUUUGAAAGAUGAAAGCAUAAACCAACGGCUACAGAAAGCAAUUCUUCUAAAAACGCUGCAGGAUUCUCUAAGUGGUGUUUUUGAAAAUCCAAGGUGGCACAGCAACAGGUCAGACUUCUCUGUCAUGCAACAGUCUGCCCCAGUCAUCCUCGAACCCCGCUCAGAUUCUGACAACAUGGGCUCUGACAUAAACCAACUUGCUAUUCAGCUUUGGACAAACAUGCUGCAGCCAAUGACCAAAGGUGUCAUCGCUAUUCCUUGCCCCACCCAGGAACGACCUUUCCUGAGGACACAGACCAAUUCCCGCUCUGACAGAGUAACGACACUCAACAACAAAGCCUCCUCACUAACAGACCCUAGAAGUCUUGAAAUUCAGCGGCAGCUCUACAGAAGCAGGACGGCAAACUGCUCUCAGGUUAUGGGGACAGAGAUACCCUGCACAGACCGCAGUCCAUCUCCCACCACACCAACUUCAGUGCAUGAACUCAGACCUGGAGAUAUCAAGGUGGUGGCAGCGGUGGGUGAUUCUAUUACAGCAGCCAAUGGUGUGGGAGCAAAGGUAGACAACCUUCUGUUAGUGAUUAAUGAGUACAGGGGGCUGUCCUGGAGCAUCGGUGGGGAUGAAAACAUCACCACGGUAACAACUCUGCCAAAUAUCCUGAGGGAGUUUAACCCCUCACUGACCGGCUUCUCAGAGGGAAUAGGUAAACAGUACAAUCCCAAGGCCUUCCUCAACCAGGCUGUGGCGGGAGGGAAGAGCAGUAAUAUGGUGCAACAGGUGAACAUCUUGGUGGACAAAAUGAAAAACGAUUCGCGCAUUGAUUUCAUUAAUGACUGGAAAGUGAUCACUAUGUUUAUUGGAGGCAAUGACAUAUGUGACUUCUGCUUAAACAGUGUUUAUUUCUCGCCCAGGAAUGUGGCCAAUCGUAUCCGCCAGGCUCUGGACAUCCUGCACAGUGAAGUGCCCCGUGCCAUUGUUAACCUGGUGGAGCUCUUACACAUUGUGCCGCUGCGUGAUCUGAACAGUGAUAAGUCUCUGGGCUGUCCCACCUGGUUUGUAGGUUAUAUUUGUCCCUGUAUAAUGAAACCUAAAGAAGGGUCCGCUGCACUGCAGAAGGCCAAUGACUUCAGUAGGGAAUAUCAGCGUGUCAUGAGAGAGCUGGUUGACACUGGUCGCUACGACACACACAACAACUUCACCGUGGUCCUGCAGCCCAUGCUGAGAGAGACAACCAUCCCCACUUUAGAGGAUGGCAGUCCUGAUCGCUCUUAUUUCGCCCCCGACUGUUUUCACCUGAGCCAGAAAGCUCACACUGUCAUGGCUCGAGCUCUCUGGAACAACAUGUUAGAGCCAGUGGGAAACAAGACUUCUUCACAUGACUUUAAAGACUGCAUCGAUUUGAAGUGUCCCUCUGAGACCAGCCCAUUCUUCAGGACCGCAGUCAACAGCAACUACACCUUCCCAGGUCCUCCACCCACUCCUCCUCCUGUUAAUAACUGGGGAAGUGACUUCUCCUGUGUCGACACGGCUCCGUCCAACUCUGUGCCCUCUUCAGUUCACAGGGUACGGCCAGCAGACGUCAAGGUGGUGGCCGCUCUGGGCGACUCUCUAACGACUGGUUUUGGUGCAAAGGCAAAGAAUCUGAUGCAGCUCAAAACUGAGUACAAAGGAGUUUCAUGGAGCAUUGGAGGAGACGACACUCUUGAGACUGUCACAACAUUACCCAAUAUUCUAAAGAAGUUCAAUCCUCAAAUCAAGGGAAUGUCAAUGGGAGAAAAUGGCAAACAGACUGGCUUCAAUGUGGCCGUAUCAGGGGCAAAAAUAUCAGGAGUCCCAGGGCAGGUCCAAAAUCUGGUUGAUCUUCUGAAAAAGGAUUCUUCAGUGGAUUUCAACAAUGACUGGAAGCUGGUGACCCUCUUCAUCGGAGGCAAUGACCUGUGUCAGUACUGCCACGACCCGGCCUCUCUGUCGCCUCAGAACUACAGCCACCACAUGAUGACAAGCUUGGACAUUUUGUACAAAGAGGUUCCCAGGACGAUAGUCAAUGUCAUGGAGAUCUUGGAACUCAAAGGCCUUCGCAGAGUCAAAAGGGACAGUCUUGGGUGCAACUAUAUACAACCGAUGGCAUGCCCGUGCUUCUUGCAAACAGAAGAGGAUUCUCUAGAGCUUGCUGAAGUCCAACGGAUCAAUCGGGAAAUUCAGAUGGAGACGGAAAAGGUGGUGUACGGAGGCCGCUAUGAGGGCAGAGAGGACUUUGCUGUGGUUGUUCAGCCCUUUUUUCAAAACUCUAUCAUUCCUUUGAAUGCUGAUGGCAGAGUUGAUAACACCUACUUCUCUGAGGACUGUUUCCACUUCAGUGAACAGGGACAUGCUGGCAUGGCUGCAGCUCUAUGGAAUAACAUGUUGGAGCCAGUGGGUAAAAAACAGACAUACAACGAUUUCACAAAUGCCAGAAAUAACCUCAAAUGCCCCACUAAGGAGCAUCCAUACAUCUUCACAAAGGAGAACAGCUUCUCUAGUCCAACCAUCCCUCCAGCUCCCACAUCCGACAGCUCCACGACGCUCAGCAAGCCCCUGCCCCUCAACCCUGACUGCUCGAACAGCGUGGCCAUUUGGCUUGCAGCCGUCCUUGCCGUUGUUGGCCUUCUGAUUGGCUGUGUUGCUACCUGGCUCUUUUUCUUCUGCAGAGACAAGGGAGGCAGGAAGAGGAUGGAGGAGGAAAUGAGGUGCACUGGGCUUUAAAGAGUCAAAAGAGGAGAAAUGACAGAGCGUCAUUUACGAUGGAAGUAGAAAGGACAUUGUUGGCGGUGAUAGGAUAGGCCUGUCUGCUCUGUCUAUACAAGUUAAUUAUUGUCCUUGAACCACAGCAAACAUUACUGGCUCAGAGGUGGAAAAAUGUCAGUGAGACAUGUAAGCAUCUGUUUUAGUUUGGGGUUUCCUGUUUCAGUUCAGUUUUAUUUAAGUCAAUUCCUCAGUUCUGUUUUUGUCGAGUUGUCUGUUCAGUCUCUUUCAGCUUCAAGAUCCUGAUCCAGAUUUGUUGCUUUGUUUGUUUCCUAUGGUUUUUUUUUAAUUGGACCUGCCUCUUGCCUCGCUCCUGCAUUUAAGUCCACAUUCUCUCCACUGAAAUUAGCAUAUUUUGUCCUUGUGAAGGAUGCUUAUGGUAAAUGGAGUGUACUAAUGUAGAGAUUUUCAGGCUUAUCAACCACUCAAAGCUCUUUACAAGUCACAUUCACCCAUACACACACAUUCAUUCAGCACUUCUUCUAUCACACAGGGCAAGCAUCAUGGGCAAUUUUGGGUUCAAUAUCUUGCACAUUGCAAUGCAGGAGCUGGGAAUCAAACCACGGACCUUCUUAUUAGUGGACGACCCUCUCUACCUUGUGAGCAUAGCUGCCCCGAUGGUUCCCUUCACUUUUUUUACUUCACUGUUGUAUCAAGCUUUAUCAAGGCAAAUAUAAAUGUUGUAGUUGGUCCAACUGAAAACAACUGAGGAUGUCGCCUGUCUGACCAGUCAACCAUCACCAUCAAAACCUUUAAUGGUGUUUAUUUUAGAUAGACAUUAAAUCCAGAAUGUCACCCCAUCAUAAAUGACACAAAGCACCCACGCUUGAGUGACUGGGCUCCGAGCACAGCACACAUCAGCCUGCAUUUAUUAGCUUUAUCAGUGAUGUAACCAGCUGAUAAAACAUAAAAGGGGCUUGAUUUAUGACCUCCAUAAAGUGACUAAAGCCACUGUCUGCUUCUGUUAAACAUACAGUAUUGGGCUGUACAUUUACUUAAGUGUUCUACUUAUGUAAAGUUUUGGAGUGUACUCAUGUACUGUUAUUCUUACUUUCCCUAAAGUUCACCAUCACUUUAAAAAUAA